UGCCAGUUAACCGUAGAGCAACAAGUGACGAAGAACGACCGCCAAACGCUCUCGCCUCCUUCGACGCGUUUGAUACCCGCUUAAAUCGCGUACGAUUCGCAUUCAAUUUCCAGCAUCGUCGAAUUCAAUUCCUGUUUUCACUGCUUUCAUCUUCUGCAUUCGAAUAACAUGAUUUUACAAUCAACUCACCGCGUUGGCCUCUAGUCGCGUUCAAUCGUAAAAAUAAUAGAAAUCCGCGCGCAGUUAGAAAAAAUAUCGGCAGUGACACACAACGCGUCUUCGUCUUCGUCGGCGGAGGCAUAAAUUAAUAAUAAAAAACGCUGUUAAACGGCCGCGGUGUGCGCGGACGCUGGAAUUGAUGUGGAUUUAACUUGAUUGCGCAAUGGAUAAGCCACCGAUCACCACGAUCGCCGAGGAGAACACGCCGGACACAACGCCGGUUGUUCCACGGCGACAUUCCCGACCCCAUAAGAAUGACGUUGAUGGAAAUGAAAAAACCGCCGAUGAAAAACUCGCGGAGCGAAGGAAGAGUUUGGUGCCAAUGUCUAGCAUGGAAGAGGAGAAUCUUCGUGAGCGAUUGCAUAUGGCACAAUUACGACAAUGCUUCGCUAUCAUCUCGAAUGAAGUGCGAUAUACUAAGGAUACGUUUCGAAGACUUUUCCAAUCACAAGAUUUACUCGAACAAUUGUUCAAGCUAUUCGACCAAGACAGAGAUCAAAAACUCAUUCAAGAAAGCUGGAUCGAAUUUUUAAAAGAAAGAUUACACGAUGAAAAGCAAAUAGAUUUCGCCGAACAGAUUGAAUCGGUCGCAUACUGCUUGUGUGGCGACCACCCGAUUCAGCUGGAGCAGUUUUAUCAAAUCUUUUACGCGAAAGGGAUCGUAGACAAAUUAUACAGGCUAAUCGACCUCGAGAAUAUUGGUAGCGUCAGCGCGGAACAAAUUAUGGAUUUCUUGGCGAGCAUCACAAACGCACGGCCACGCACCGGAUUCGACAAGAGCAGCCUCGCCUGGCUGGAGCAGCUCUUUCGGCAGACCGUUGGCAACGAGAAGGAGAUUCGACGCGAGGACUUUAAGAAAAUCGUCAUUUCCAAAAACCCAUUCUUCACGGAGCGAGUCUUUCAAAUCUUCGACAAAGACAAUUCCGGGUCCAUUUCCCUGCAAGAAUUCCUCGACGCGAUGCAUCAGUUUGCAGGACAAUCACCAGAUGAUAAAAUUCGCUUCUUGUUCAAAGUUUACGAUCUUGACGGCGAUGGGUUGAUUCAACACAAAGAGUUGCAGCAUGUGAUGAGGGCGUGCAUGGAAGAAAACGGCAUGCGUUUCAGUGAGGAUCAAAUUGAUGAUUUGACUGUGGCGAUGUUUGAAGAUGCAGAUACGAAAAACCGCGGUGCUAUUACAUAUGAAGCAUUAAAAUACCAACUGGAAAAACAUGGCGGGUUAUUAGAGAAUUUAUCAAUUAGUAUUGACAGGUGGUUAGUGCCGCCGAAACCAAAAGCACCGCCGGCUUCAUUCAUUGGGAAAAUCAUGAAAUACCGACCUUAUCAAUUCACCUUGCCUUAUGUCAAAAACAAUUAUGUUUAUUUAAUUUUUCUGGCUGGUUUUGUGCUUGUAAAUAUGGCGCUGUUUCUUAGUAGAGCGAUCGAGUACAGUUUAAUGGGUGCUAAUAUAUGCACUAUAAUAGCUAGAGCUUGUGGACAAGCGCUGAAUUUUAAUUGUAUGUUUGUUUUGGUGCUUAUGCUGCGCCAAUGCAUUACAUUUUUACGCACACGAGGCUGGAGUGCCUUCCUACCACUUGAUCAGCAUAUUUAUUUCCACAAAUUGACUGGAAUGUUGAUUUUUGGUUUAAGUUUUCUGCAUACCAUCAUGCACAUUUACAAUUUCAGUUAUAAAAUUGUAAAUGAUCCAAUAGUAAAUGUUAAAAACUUGACGGUUACGGAAUGGUUGUUUACUUCAAAAUCUGGCCUCUAUGGUUUAGUGGGUGGUGUUGCUAAUCCUACUGGAAUUGCUCUAUUUGCGAUUUUGCUCAUUAUGUUCUUAAGUUCGCAAGCGUUCGUUCGACGUGGCGGAUGUUUCGAGAUCUUCUACUGGACUCACUUAAUGUACAUACCUUUCUGGAUACUCUUGGUCUUCCACGGUCCUAACUUUUGGAAAUGGUUUAUUAUGCCAGGUAUUUUGUACUCCAUUGAACGCUUGUUACGAUUAGCAUGGAUGCGUACCGAACGUGGAAAAACUUACAUCAGUUCCGGACUACUGCUGCCAUCUAGAGUUACGCAUUUAGUAAUUAAGAGACCUUUGCACUUUGAUUUCCAUCCAGGCGAUUAUGUGUUCAUCAAUAUACCAGCGAUUGCUAAAUAUGAGUGGCAUCCGUUCACAAUCAGCAGUGCUCCUGAACAAGAAGAUUACAUGUGGUUGCAUAUACGUGGCGUUGGUCAAUGGACAAACCGAUUGUAUGAAUACUUUGAACGAGAACAAGAAAAACUACACAAUGGUGAAAUACCCGCGUUAGGCAGCGAAAAGAAAAGAUUAUCUAAGGGUAGCAUUGAUAAUAACAACCAGAAUCCAAUGAAAAAGAUUCAAGCAUCGAUUAAACGAACUCUUUCUAAUCGCGAUCCUAACUCGCGUAAUGGCAUUCAAUUAGUGGGUUUCGCUAAUGAAGCUUUUAAAAACGACGAAGCCAUUGCUAAAGAUGAGAAGGCUUCAUGCAGUAGUAAUCCUGAAUUGGCCAGUUACCCAAAACGCAAGUUGACACCCGAAAAGAAAUUGCACAAGUUAUUGUUCACUAACAAAGCGCCUCUGGAAAAAUCCUUAUCAAUGCCUGAUAUUCAAAACAAAGCUAAGAAAAGAGAACGUUUAUUAGCUUUAAGAGAAUAUAUGCGAUCCGAAUCAGAAAAAUCUUUUGACGAAUGUCAAAUCCGUCGUGCGCGUCUACAAAGUCUGGGCUUAGCGUACCUCAGUCCGCAGAAUAAAUCGUUGGCGCAGAGUUUCCGUUACAUGCGGAAUAAACCGACUAUUAUUGCGUUCAAGACGCCGAGUCUUGAAAACUGCGAACAGAGGGAUUCGUCCAGUUCAUUCGGAUCAGUUGGCCGUCAAAUGAGCGCCUUGAGCAUCUCUUCCAACCCGGAACGCGCCGCCGAAGAAGGCAGAGUGAUGCCAAAGGAGUUUUCUCCGAGCAACAUCAAACCGAUGAAUUAUCCCGUCGGUAAACCUUUAGAAAUAUACUUGGAUGGUCCAUACGGAGCACCAUCGAGCCACAUCUUCCGCGCCCAGCAUGCGGUGCUCAUCGCCACCGGAAUAGGCGUGACGCCGUUCGCCUCGAUCUUGCAAUCGAUUAUGCACCGGUACUGGAAGGCACGCCACUCGUGCCCGAAGUGCAAGUUCUCCUGGGCCAGCGAAAUACCACCAACGGUGAUGAACUUACGAAAGGUGGACUUCUUCUGGAUCAAUCGUGACCAGCGGUCGUUUGAAUGGUUCGUGAAUCUACUCUCACAGCUCGAGAUUGAGCAGGCCGAGCUGGGUGGCGCGAUGGAACGUUUCCUCGAUAUGCACAUGUACAUCACCAGCGCCUUGCAGAAGACCGACAUGAAAGCUGUCGGUUUACAAUUGGCACUUGAUUUAUUACAUGAAAAGGAAAAACGUGAUCUUAUAACAGGUCUGAAGACACGUACAAAUGCUGGUAGGCCCAACUGGGACAAAACGUUCAAACAGAUUUUGGACCAGAAAAAGGGAAAAGUGACCGUGUUCUAUUGCGGUCCACCGCAACUAGCGAGAAUAUUGCGCGUCAAGUGCGAUCAGUACGGAUUCAGUUUCAGAAAAGAAGUAUUCUAGAGCAACUUGAUGCAUUGCCACAUGUAAAAUAAUGUGUAUUUGUAUUUAAUUUAUUUCGUAGCGUAGUGUAUAUAGAAAUACGUAAUCAAAGAUAACUAUUCGCGAGUCAUCGUAAAUUAUUUAAUCAUGAUUGUCACUCAUUUUAUUAACUGGACGCUCUCUAAAUAUGUAUUUGUUAAUAUUGUUAGUUGGACAAAUCGGUUUUUGGAUUCUCUAUGGUUGUCAAACAUUCGUAGAUUUAUUAGAAUGUACUAACAGAUUUCUUUUUAAGUUUCAAACGUAUAUUUUAACAAUUAAUAUAAUAAUGUAUAUUUUAUCAUUUGUUUAAAAUAUAAACUAUAUGUAUAUUAUGACA